AACAAUUGCAGAGAGCAUUCGGGGAAAAGCGAGCAGGUUCCGAGCCCAGGCCCAGUCUCCAUAGUUACCGCCCUGCCCCUCCGAGGGGGGGGGUCAGCUGCGAGCGCGCAUGCGCGUGGUCCGGCCAUGGACUCGGAAUUUUGAAAUUAGAGCUUGCAGCUCCGACUGUCAGAGUUUUCAUCCGGAUGAUUAAUACAGUUUUUGAAGACUUAGCAACAGUCACCAUUGAAUUCCACUAUUUCAACACUUUGGUCUAGACCUUGUCAGCUACUUAGUUGAGAUUUCCAGUGAUAAUGCAAGCGUGUCUCAAGGCAGAUGUUGAAACUUGGGGCUGAGAGACUUCACUUGGAGACCAGGUCCAGAAGGCUUGUUGCUUUGUUUACAAAUACUCAAAAUGGACAGCUACUUUAAAUCAGCUGUUUGUGACCUGGACAAGCUACUGGAUGAAUUUGAGCAAAAUCCAGAUGAAAGCGCUUUUUGCAGGACCCCUGGAGGAGGGACCAUAUCCGCAGAUUAUCCAUCUCGUCACUCAAAGUACUCCGCAGACUUGCCUGAAGCCGGUGCUCAGACUGCUGCAGUUGGGGUUGAUUCACUGUUGCCAAGUAAUGUUGAUGCUAAAGAACCCUUACGACAAUCUCAGAAUACCCUUACAGGACUGGACUUACUAUCUACUGUUGAUAAUAGAACAUCUGAUUGUACAGAACAGCUUAAUAAUGGUAGAGGUAGUAGACCCGUCUGUGAUUUAAUUAGUGACACUGAAAGUAUGACUCAUGAAACAAAUGAUCACGAGGUUGAUGAUGAAAUUAAUUCGACUGAAGACCAGGCCGGUGGCUCCCUGCUGAUUGAUUUUAACCAGCCUUCGCCACCAGUUCAUGCUGGAAAAAUUGAAUGUUCAGGUGAAGGCAGUUUUGGACUCUUGAGCUUGUUAGAGCUGGACAUUCCUUUUCACAAUGCUACAGAAAAUGAACCACAGAAUUCAGGACAUUUUAAUGGAGGAGUAAGGAACCAGGAAACUUCAAUCCAACCUGAGAAUUCUGAUGUGCUUAAACAAGACGAAUCUCUGAAAGAAGAAGACAAUCUUGAUAAAUUGUCCCAGUGUGAACAAAGAGAAGAGUUCUCUGUUGUUUCACAGCAAAGCAAAGAAAUCUGUUUGGCAACUGAAGAUGCCGUUACAUUCAAUGAUUGCAAAGUACAGGAGCCGUGUGACAAUGUAAAGUUGCCGCUGGGUGCAGAUUUGAACAGUGUCAGAACUGUGGCAUUGCGUGAGUUAGGUGAUGUGGAAACCGAACUAGAAGUUGAAAAGGAAUCUUUAAAAGUCAGAUAUACGUGCAGUGCCUCCUCAACAAAACGUGUUAAUAAGGUUGACCACCCACGUAGUUCUGUCAGCUCUGCUAAUUCUUCUUUGAAUCAGUUAUCUGGAGCAGAUUCCACGAUAAACUCAGUAGAUCCAGAGCACAAACCACCUCAGAAUGAGAGUAAAAUGAGUGUAGACUGUGACUUGGCUAAGUGCUUAGUAAUGAACUCUGAUGAGUUGGACUCUGAGCCCUGCAAUGAAGAAAUAUCUCUUGUGGACAAUGCCAUCCAGAAUUUGGAGCAUAAUAGUGAUAAGUCUUUAGAGGAACACAUAUGUUCUGAAGAUGAAGAGAAUAUUGAUGAGAAGAAUGAAAAUUGCCCUAAUAUAGAGUGGAAUCAACAGAACAGAACUUUGGUAAUGUCGGACGCUAUCACAGAAGCUGCGGGAAAACCAUCUGAAGAAAUACAGAAUUAUACAAGUGAUGCAGAAGCAGUGUUGACUUAUAAAGGGUUUGCAGCUGAGAUUUCGUUUGAAGACAUCCAUGAGGAUGGAUAUAAUAUCGAUGAUGAUUUGGUGAGUGAUGCUGAGCUCGAUGCAUUCUUAAUGGAGCAAAAUGAAAACUGUAAUUUGAAAGAAGGUCCUUUGGCUAGUGGUUUUCCAGAACCUCAUCAUGCAGGCCAAACAGAUCUGCCCAUGACACAUGAUUUUCUGAAUGUUUCUGAAGCUAUUGUGGCUGAAUUGAGUCCUGAUCCCCAGGAGAGAGGAACUCUUGGACUGGUUGAUCAUGACAAAGAGUCUUUGAUGGCAGAUAUACAAAGCAUUCCACCUACAACGGAAAGUGCUUCAGUACAUCAUCCUGUACAGGAUAUGCAGGUUGAGGUAACUUAUAAGCCAAUCAGAACCAAAGACAGCCAUCCAGUGUCCUCCACUGACAACAAUCAGGUAGUUAAUGAUACCCUUAAUAAUCAAAUUAAUUUUGGAGGAGCUAGACCCAAACUCUUCAACUCUCAAGCAAAAGUUAUACCAAAACAAGAUCAAAACAACUCGAUAAAUGAUAAUGUUGAGGUUGUUGGUGGCAGUUUAGAUCAGUGUAAAAUGUAUGUUGAUACAAAAGGCACUGUUUCUGAAUCAGACCAAGCUGCAUCCAUUUCAAGCUCUGCAUAUAACUUUAGUGGUACAGAAGAUGGGACCCAAGUACUUGGCCCGUCAUAUGAUUCCAUCAUAUGCGAUGAUAGCGUAAGUGCAGAAGAAAGUACGUGUGCUGCUGAACCGUUUAUCAAAGGAACAGCUGUACUUGGGCAGAACCAGCCACAAUGGAUACCAGAUUGUGAAGCUCCAAACUGUGCACGUUGCCACGCUAAGUUUACUUUCACCAAGCGGCGACAUCACUGCAGAGCGUGUGGAAGAGUUUUCUGUGCUGCCUGUUGUUAUCAAAAGUGUAAACUUCAAUAUCUGGAAAACAAAGAAGCCCGUGUUUGUGCUGACUGUUAUUCUACCAUCCAGAAAGCUCACGCAUUUAAGACAAUGAUGAGUCCAACUGGUCCAAGCCCUAACCCUAAUAUUCCAUCAGAAUACUGUUCCACUGUUCCACCUCUACAACAAGCUCAGGCAUCUGGCACCCUCAACUCCCCUCCCCCCACUGUCAUGGUACCUGUUUCGGUACUAAAACACCCGAGAGACGAAAGCUCAGGCACCUUUCCCAGAGAGCACAGAAGGGUUUGGUUCGCAGAUGGUAUUCUGCCAAAUGGAGAAGUGGCAGACCCAACAACAAUGACGGCAAAUUCACCGGUUGGCAAUGGCACAGGAACAACAGAAGAUGUACCCAACGUCGCUCAAGAGACAAAAAUGCCUUCAUCACACGGGGCAGGAGAUAAAGUACUUUCUGAUCAUACAAGUCAAGUUGAUGCCUUGAAGACUGAUUUGGCUGUAACAACAGGUUUAGCAAAUGUUCAUGGUGUCAAGGCUGACAUUUCUCGAACAGACUAUAGAGCACUGACUGCCAUUGGGAAGUCUGUUCCAAAGGUUAUGAGCCUCAUUCCAGAUAAUGAGAAUGGUCUUCCACCAAUUGUCAUAGCAACAGGAGAGAAAGAAGGUCGAGCAGUGGUGGAGGAGCAUCCAACUCAGAGCCAGGCAUUGUUACGGCUGGAAGACGGAGAGGCAAAUCCUUUGACCUUUGUGCUGAAUGCCAAUCUUAUUGUAAAUGUGAAAUUUGUGAAUUAUGCUUCAAAUAAAUGCUGGUGCUUUGUAUCUAAUGGAUUACAUGGUGUAGGCCAGGCCGAAGUAGUUAUUUUGUUGUCGUGUUUAUCUGAAGAAAGCGCAAUUCCAAAAGACAUCCUUAAAUUUUAUGUUAAACUAUAUCAGGAUGCUUCCAAAGGAAAAACCAUUGGAAAUUUAGGAAUGUUUUCCUUCACAGAAAGUUUUCUAGGUAGUAAAGAUCAUGGUGGAUUCCUUUUUGUUAUGCCAACAUUUCAGACACUAGCAAAUCUACUGAUUCCUACUAGCCCAUUUUUAUUUGGAAUUCUCAUUCAGAAAUUAGAAAUACCUUGGGCAAAGGUGUUUCCCAUUCGACUCAUGCUAAGAUUAGGAGCAGAAUACAACGUUUAUCCUUGUCCCUUAAUGAGUGUUCGAUUCCGUAAAGCAUUCUUUGGAGAUGUAGGUCAUACCAUCAUGAAUUUGCUAGCUGAUCUUCGAAAUUACCAGUAUACUUUGCCGACAAUUGAGGGAUUGGUGCUUCAUCUGGAGAUGGGGAAAAGUUCAAUUAAAAUCCCUAAGAGGAGAUACAGUGAGGUCAUGAAAGUAGUAACCUCUUCAAAUGAACAUGUGGUUGCUAUGGCAACAAGUUUUAGUUCAGAUGCUGAUUCACACCUGGUCUGCAUACAAACUGAGGAUAAAAAUUAUCAGACACAUGCAAACACUGUUGCUGAGAAGACCAGGAAAGUUACAGGAGCCUCUUUUGUAGUGUUUAAUGGAGCUCUGAAAACAACUUCGGGAUUUAUCGCUAAAUCCAGUUUAGUGGAAGAUGGACUGAUGGUCCAGGUAACCCCAGAAACCAUGGAUGGUUUAAAGUGUGCUCUAAAAGAGAAGAGAGACUUUCAAAUAAUUUGUGGAAAAUUGGAUUCUGAUGACAGAAGAGAAUUUGUAAAUAUUCAGUGGGUCGAUGAUGACAAACCUGUAAACAAAGGUAUUCUAAGUCCUCUUGAUGGACGGUCCAUGGAAAAUAUUCCUAGCAACAAAAUCUCACAGGAAGAUGAAUUUGAAAACGAUGGCGUUGUUGUAAAGUGCACUGAGGUAUUCUAUUUGCAAAGAAAUCCUGAUCCACACAGUACGACCAUUCCAGCAGCACAGAGUCACCUGAGCAAGGAGAUUGCUGCAGCUUGCUGUGCUGCUCUCUGCCCUCACCUCAGAGGCCUGAAAGAAAUUGGAAUAAACAAAUUGAGUCUCAGGGUCUCUCUAGAAACUGACAAGGUUGAAUACCAAGCAGGGUCGAGGGGCCUGCUUCUUCCACAGCACUAUAUGAAUGAUCUGGAUAGUGCUUUAAUUCCAGUUAUUCACAAUGGAAACUCCUACACUAGCAGUGGCCCUUUGGAAAUGGAGUUAUUCUUCUUCAUUCUGGAACAACUUAUCUGAAGAGGAAAGCAUAACCUUCCUGGAUCCCAAUAGCCUGAAGUAGUAUUGAAAAAUGCACAAAAUUUGCAAACUGCUGUCUGCUCUGAAUUUUCUCAGGGAUACAAGGAUCAGUCCCUUCAGCAAAAUGGCUAAUAGCCCAUUCACAAAACCAGUCUGAGUUUAAUGGUGCAAUCAAUGUCUUUUGAGAAUUUCAGUCAUGAAAUCUGCUGAGUUACAGGAGCCCCCAGUUUGGAUAUUUGUAGUACCACAGUUUCAUGUGCAAAUAGAGACCAUGAGGACGUCUGGUGCUGUUGCAAUUGUAUGUUAAAGCAUUCAGUAAUUAAUGUCUAUUAUCCUAAGAAAGCCAAGUUGUUGCAGAAUGUUGGCAAAAGAUUGAGAAUAAGUUCCAACAGUUAACUGGUGCAGAAAGUGUUCAGGACAUUUUCAAUCAAAGGUAAUAUUAUUUUUAAUAUAUGUUGUGCAGUAACAGAGAAAGAAACCACAUUAUAAAUCUUGAAUGCAAUGGAACUUGGUUUAUGUGCUGAGAUUUGUAAUGAUACUUUAAGCAUUCCUAAAUGUCACAUCGCCAAAAAUUGAUGAAAUAGAAAAGAAACAAAGUCUUGCACAAAGCUUAUUUUAUAAAACUGAAGUUUGUGUAAAGAAAACAUGUAACUACAAUCAGAAUUUUGAUUCUAUUUUAUUAGGGCUGCUAAAGUUAUCUAAGAUAAUUAUUAAAAUGUAAGGAGCACAAGCAUAUGCAAAUUUUUAAUCCAAGUCCUGGUGGAUGGCAUGUCAGAGUGUUUAACGGCCCUCCAAACACUGAAUGUUCUGUAUAUGAAAAAUCUGUUCUGUUUUUGAUAACGUUUUCAUCGGGAGAGUAAUGUAUGAGGGCAAAUGUUAAUGAUUUAAGUAAUUUCCUCCUUCAUUUGGUAAAAUAAUGAGGCUCACUCUGCAGUAGUUUUCAGUUAAUGAAAAGAGAUUUACCAGUAACGUCCUUCUUGAUUCGUCAGGCUUCUUUCUUGAGGUAUGAACCAUUCAAGAAGUCAAAAUAGGAAUGCUGAGGCAAAUUAUGUUCUCUAGCAUAUUUCAUAAAUCUGAUAUUCCUUUGUGAAGAUCUGACCCUGUUAAAGGAUUUAUUUAUGCUUUUGAAUAACCUUUCUCUAUAGGGACUAUUUUUCUUAUAAAAGCAACAAAUAUAAAUGUUUUCAUAGACUUGUUUACACAAGAUUUAUACCAAUAUAACAGCAUCUCUAUGACUGGAGUUUAAAAUUUCAGAAACGCUUCAAUCAUUUGAAAUUAUCUUUCUUACCAUUUUUUAUUAAAUGUAAAAAUUAUAAUUUCAAUUAAGUGUAUACAAGUUAAAUCAACAAAGUUUUGAGAUUGAUAAACAGGUAAUAUUUAAACUAAAACAAUACUUAGGCAUGAGGAUGCAGAGUUCUUAAGCCUAUCAUUAAUGCUUCACUACAGAUAGAAAUGUGCAAUAUUUCUACUAUAGGACCUAUGGAUCUAUUCCAAGUUCAGUCUAUGAAAAGUGUUAAAUUAUGUAUAAUUUACCUAAUUUCAUAUAAGCUUUGUAUAAAAUAACAUGUACGUAGAAUCACUAAUUCCUAUUUUGCCAGGUGUAGUGUUUGGCUUUUUACUGAAACAUGGUAAUAGAUGCGUCGGCACUUCACUCUGAGACCUCUUCAAAGUCAGUUGUGCUGCUCGUAUAUACAUAUAUGCAUUGGGCAGCAUUUUUCUAAAAAAAGUCAAAAACAGGAGUCUCCUUAAAUGUACAAGAUUUAAAAUGCAUUGACCUCAAUCUUGUAAAUGGGAAACUAUUAAUUUCCUACAUAUUUUUAUUUAUAUGUAUCAUUGUAUAUUUAUGAUGAAAAUAAAUCACUAAAAAAUUAAA